AGUAGCAUAGCGAGCGGUGUUGGCGGUAUAUAAACAGAGUGCCACCUGGACCAGCAUCCAGUGCCUCUGUGGCGUCCCUCAAGGCAACAUGACCUUCUCUCUGCGAGUGGCCCUCGUGGCCUUGCUGGUGAUGCUGGUGGUGGCUCUGGUGGUGUCCGACCCUGAACCUGACUACGGCAAGAGCCAUGGGGGCGGGUAUGGCCAUGGCGGUGGCGGCUACGGCAAGGGACAUGGCGGUGGCGGCUACGGCAAGGGCCAUGGCGGUGGCGGCUACGGCAAGGGCCAUGGCGGUGGCGGCUACGGCAAGGGACAUGGCGGUGGCGGCUACGGCAAGGGACAUAGCGGUGGCGGCUAUGGACAUGGCGGUGGCGGCUACGGCAAGGGACAUGGCGGUGGCGGAUACGGCAAAGGGACAUGGCAGGCGGCUAUGGACAUGGCGGUGGCGGCUGAAGGGACAUGGCGGUGGCGGCUACGGCAGGGACAUGGCGGAGGCGGCUAUGGACAUGGCGGUGGCGGCUACGGAAGGGACAUGGCGGAGGCGGCUAUGGACAUGGCGGUGGCGGGUAUGGGCAUGGUGGAGGCGGCUAUGGCAGGGACAUGGCGGUGGCGGCUCUGGACAUGGCGGAGGCGGCAUGGACAUGGCGGUGGCGUUGGGGACAUGGUGGAAGCGGGUACGGCAGGGACAUGGCGGUGGCGGCUAUGGACAUGGCGGUGGCGGUUAUGGACAUAG